AUGCCUAGCAACAAGCGGCCGGCGAAGCGCAAUCUUGUUCGAUGGUCGGAUGACCUCGACAAAGGAGUUUUGCUUGCCAUUCAGUAUGCGUCCGCCGAGUCCGGUAUCAAGCUGCCAUGGGCUCGAGUUGCCGAAAUCAUGGGUCCCAAGUUCACCGAAGGCUCGAUUGUCCAGCACCUUGCCAAGCUCAGAACCAUCAUGGAAUCGGAGGGCAUUCCAGUACCGCCACCUCUACGACGCGGCAUGAUCACCAAGACCCCAUCGAAGGUGUACGGGCAUGUCAACAUCAAGACCAAAUUUGACCCUGUCUCCCCCAUGUACACCGGAUCCCCAGAAUCCUCGUCGCGAGAGCUUUCAUUCUAUGAUCGCACAGUGACGGGUUUCAGCGAAGAGGAAGAGAUACAAACUCCCAAGAGCGGACGAAAAUCCCGGGCCAAGUCGUCUCGUCGUGGAAUGAGCGAUGGCGAGGAAGAUGAGGAACAGAGCUCGGACCUGUAUAACAGCGACGAGGACAACUUUGUCACCCCAAAGAGAAAGCUUCGGACGCCCAAGACGAACUCGAGCUCUCGGGCAUCCAAGACCAAACUUGCAUUACAACACCUCCUUUCGACCCCGACCAAGCAGAUCAUUAAAACCGAGGUAAAAACCGAGGAGGGUGACAACUCUAAGUUGAGCCUGGUUCCGGACGAAGGCAUUGGGCCUGCGGGUCGCACCCGCGGAAUCAAACGUAAUUAUGCUGCCAUGGAUGCCGGUUCUUCUGGCGACGACGAGGCGCAUGAUGAUGGCAGCAAUGACGCGAAAGUCGAAGAAGACGAAGCUGCAGCUGACGCUGAUGCUGAAGAUGAGGUGUCAAGUGACGGUGAGACCGAGAUCCUUGAGCAGAACAUUGAGCCAGUCAACGACACUGCUGCCGAGCUCGCCCACCUUCGGUCGGUCUUUGAAUUCACUCCCCAUUUCCCGAUCGCAAGCGUCCCCUAUGGUCAAAUUCACAGUGUCGAUGGGAUUACCGCCAAUAUCAACAACGCAGAGUCAUCCAUGUUUCCUACCACUCCAGGCAUGUUCAACCCCAAUCUGGUCGGACCCCAUGGUCUCCCAGUAUAUAGCGGCAACCUUGCUAUGGGUGGAAUAUAUGGUGGGGGUCAGUUUCCGUACGGGGCGUUGCCGUACGGGGGGGUGCAGUUCAUGAGUCCGAUUGCUCCAGUCCCGUACUAUGGUCCCGUUGUUGCAUCCAGGGCGGUGACUCCAUCUAUCGAGUCGUCUCACGCCUCUUCUCGCAACGACUCUAUUGCCACUGUCAUGUCAGCUACAACUCAACCAUCUCAGUCAGACAACGAGGUACCUAUCAACAGCGCGGCGGGCAACGAUCUUACUCUUGACCUCCCUCAAAUUCAGCCGGCAGAUGACAUGAAGGACGGCGAUAUGAAUGCAAGCAUGCCUGCCGAAGACAUCAUCUGGAAUGACUCUUUUGCGUCAGGAUUCCUUCGGGAUGAUCUGUGA